GUUGUUGCACGUACUGAGAGAGAUUCCCAUAUUGUUGCCUUUUCACAUGAAAUUGUCCCCUGUCCAGUGACAGUAGACAUGACAUUACCUCAAGUAUUAGAGGAAAUGUCUACAAUUGAGAUGGGUGCCACUGAUUGUGCUCUCCCAAUGAUAUGGGCUGAAAAGACUAACACAGCUGCUGAUGUCUUCAUUGUUUUUACUGAUAAUGAGACAUACUUUGGAGAGAUUCACCCUGCAGUUGCUUUGAGGAAAUACAGAGAGAAGAUGAGCAUUCCAGCAAAACUGAUCGUUUGUGGAAUGACAUCAAAUGGUUUUACCAUCGCAGAUCCAGAUGAUAGAGGCAUGUUGGACAUGUGUGGUUUUGAUGCAGGAGCUCUUGAAGUUAUUCGAAACUUCACCUUAGAUUUGAUAUAAUUCCUGGAUACCUACUAUUACAAGUGGGUCCAUUGCUGGCAAUAGACUUCGCCCUGGGAACUACCAGCCAAAUGUACUGUACAAGAAGAUGGUACAUGUUUCACGUAUAAGAAAGAUGUUGCCUUCUAAAACAGAAAUCAAAAAAAGCAUACAAGAAUUUUCUUUUUUUCUCUUGCAUACAGGUUAAAAAUAAGUACGCAAAGCCUGCUAAGACUAGCUACUGGGGUACAUAGUAUAUGAUUUAAUUACUUUCUAGUUUGCCAAUACUAAGAUGUUUUUCUGUCCUUGUAGACUAUUUUUGUUUGUAAGAAUAAAUUGGUGAGACACUGGUAUUGGUGGGUUCAAGGAGGAAGGAAAAGUAGUCUGUUUUGAUGGCUCUUGUGAAGAUGUGUGUUUUAAUGAGGGUUUUUUCAUGUUUGUACUUGAAAAAAUUAAGAUACAACAUCUCUGUUGAAUUCUGCAAAAGAAAUAUUUUCAGAGCACAUUUGACCAUGUUACUGUGAUUGAGUAGAAAAAUAUUUGUCAAAUUUUAUAUGGACAAAGUAAAAGUGACAAUUUUGAUUUAUCUUUUCUAAAUAGAUUGUGAUUUUGAUCUUCUAGGAUGAAAUCUGUAACUUUCUGGUAAAUUGAAAGGUAGUGCUAUGGACUGCAAAGUUAUUUAACACUUGUAAAAUUGGUAUGCUUUGCAGGAAAUAGUACAAACCCUUUGUAGUAGAGAAAAGUUCCCUGAAGUUGUUUAGGUUGCUCAUCCGAUGUGAAUGUGCUGAAGUUUCAGCAGUUUUUCAGUGAUGAAGAUGGACAGAGACCCUGGAAUUAGCAUUACCCUGAAGUGUGACCAUAACAAUCGAAAAGAACUUCAUUGCAUGUUUUUCUUCCUCUUCCCCCCCCCACACCCCCAUGUGUUGAUGCUACAGAAAUAAUCGUCUUGAAUAGUGCUUUGCAUUAUUUAAGUGACCUUUUUUUCUCUAAUAUUUACUGAUUAAAUCAACUCAGUCUAACUUUUUAAAAUGGUUUCAAUUCUUAUAGUGACCGAUUCUGAGACUUCUGCAUUAUAUAGCUACCUUGUUCACAGUUCUAGUCUUACUUGUUUAGAAAUUUGAUUGCCAAUUGGAUUUUUAAACUUCCUUGUGAUAAGAAACAUGUAAGGGAGAAAAUAACUAAGAAUGUCCCAAGUCUGUCUUAGAGGAGGAAUUAAUAAUGUGUGCAUUAAUGUAAUAAAAUGGUCUUUUUGAUGUCACAUGCUAAGAUACAUAGGGGUUUUAGUCAUACUUUUACAUUUUCCCCCAAAUUGUGUGAUCAUGUUUUCUACUAAGGGUGAUUGUUUUAAAAGGUGAAUUUGUAUUUAAUCUGAAAAUGAUUGCAGGUUAUAAAAAUAAUUUAAUUAUAAUAAAUACUACAUCAAACUUUGUUGCUGUGCUACAAAACAUGCUCUUAAAUGUAAAACACGUUGCAAUUUAAAUAGUAAAUUAAAUUCAUGUUGCUUAACUCAUUUUCAUAUGUUUAAAGUAUAAAGAAAUCUGGGUGAAAAAUAGUGUUUUGCAGGGUGAACUAUCUUCCAUCUUAAGACAUUAUUUAACAUUUAUACCUACAUGCUCCAUGCGUAGUGCCUCAGUUUGUUAGAUGUCACUGAAGACAUCAUACCACCUAGUAAAUUCCUCGGCACAGGAUAAAUCGGGAUGGUGAGGAAACCCGCUGUGGCAUUAAUUUGUACAGGCCCGUUGCAUGAGCUGUUUUUAGAAUAAUAGUAUUUUGAAAAAUUGCCAGUAGAAACAGUGGCUUUCCAUAAAAGUGAAUGAGUUUUUGUAGAUUAUCAAUAAGUAAUGCCAUAGGCAUGGGAUACAAUUUAUAGACUGCAUGACCACUGGUCAUUAGAUUACAUGCAAGCCCCCCCUCUCCCCCCCCCCAGGAAAAAAAAAGCUAACAAAAGAAACGCCCUCCGUUACUUGCAAUUUCAAAAGGUAGCUCCACCAAUUCAGUUUUUGUUUUAUACUGAUAGUUUUGUAAAACAUACAAUAAUAUGCUUUGUAAUUAUACAUGAUAGUUAAACAUGCAAUAGUUAUUUACUGCUGAGCUAGAAAUACUGAAGAAAACUCUGAACUAAUAGUUUGUCUUUCAAGUUCAGUUUCUUGUUUUGAGGAGCCUUUGUGAACCUAUGAAUUAAUUUCUUGGUAGAAAUAUUAAAUAGAAAUUAACAAGCUGUGUACAUAGAAGGUCAAUAGUUGAAGUAACAUUUCAGUGCAGUUCUUUUGCAAACCUGUGAUAACUAAAAAGAUUUGACUGAACUAAUGGCUUUGGUUACAGAUGAAGGGUGAAGAAUUAACUGAUUCGGAAUAUUUGAAAGUAGUCCAAUUUUGAAAUACAAACCCUUGGAUAAGACACGCAGUGUCAAGAUAAAUUUCCUACCAACUGUACUGAAAAUUUAAGUACACUAUGACUAUUAUAUUUUGGAGAGAGAUGUACUACAUUCCAGGUCACAGUAAUGCAAAACACGAUGACUAGACGGAGUGAAUAAUACGAUCCUAAGCUUGUUUUCUCUAUUUAAAAGAUACAAAUAUAAUACAUUGCUUGAUUUUUUACGUGGUGUUGAUUGUUGUGACAUGAAACAAACUGCUACAAAUAGGAGCAGAUUUCUCCCUAUAUCCUACUUCUGGAAAAAGAGCAAGGGUGAAGAGGUUUGUUGCUUCCUUCCAUGGAAAUGGUAAGGUUCUGUAUAGAAACACACACCUUUUGGAACCAUUUAGACACGGGCUGCAUACAGGCAUGAAAAAUGAAACAAAACUAAACUGCGGCUUUACUUUACUUUAAAGUGCAGCACAUGCCCAGAAGAGGCAUUGCGUUUGUUAGACCUGGCUUACCCAAUGUCUGUAUAGAUCGGGUGCUUCAGCAGGGCCUUUUGGCACUUUUCUCUAAGAGCUGAUUGAAUCAGCUUUUACAUAAAAACGCCAAAAAGCCCCACUGAAGCACCCAAUCUAUACACACGCUGCGGAGUAGGGUCAAACAAAUACACUUCCUCUUCUGGUAAUGCACUUUUUAAUUUUUCAUGUCUGUCAGUGCCCUGGAUGAAGCAGGUUCAAGUAGGAACAGUUUUGCUACAUUUGUAUCAUUCCCUGUUCAUACAAGUGGAAGAAUUAGAAUAUAGCAGCUGCUGCCUCUGAAAGGGCUGCAGGUCUGUACCCUUGCCAGUCAUCCUCUGUUUCCCACCCGCUUCUUCCCCCCACCCAGCAGAUUGGUUGAGAUCCACAGACACCAUGCCUCUGGUAGGAGCUGGGAAACAAUGCAGAGAGGCUGGUGUUAGCUGAACUCCCCUCCCUCCCCCACUCUCACCCCAACGUUUCUGUAGUAAAAGAGGGAAAACUGAAGCAAAUGCUGGCAGCGUGUGUACUUAGUUCCUUCCCUCUUCCAUUGUUUCGGACCCCCAAAACUGGGGGCAUAGGAGAAUGAAGCUACAUGUUCCUAGGAUCACUACUUUUCAUUUUGUUGGCAAGUUUGCUUUUAGGGGACAAUAUAGCCUAUGGAACAAAACAAGAUUUCUAUUGUUACCUUCCUCAGUAAUAUGUCCAGGUACCUAAGAAUUUAUAUUCUGCAGAAUGAAUAGAUCCAGGUAAUUUGCACAGUGGGGUGUGGGUGUAAUAAAUGUAGUGGUUAAAAUAUAAAAAAUGUAAAUAAAAUAUGUGAGCUAAAUGCACAAUUAGAAUAAUAUUAUUUAAGAGAAAACUACUGAAUUGUCUUUUCACCAAAGAGCUUAAUACCGUAUCAUUUUUGGCAUGGUGGAACAUUUUGUUUGUUUGCCUCAAGGCAGAACAAAGUGGAGAUGUAUAACAACGCAGUGAGAUACAUAAGAGUAAGAGGUAAAAAAGAGCUAGUUGAAGUUAAGGUCAGGGUUAUUUGAGGGGCAAGGACGGUGUUCCCUGUCCAAAGCCAAAAUAUCUUGAUGUUUGCAGUAGGCCAAAUGCAUUGGUUUGAUUUCCUGAUGCUGAUUGAAUGAUAUUUUUCAGUUGUUCUCAGUCUCCACUGGCUAGUCCUAGAUUCAUUAGUGCAUCACUGUUUUACAAAGGAUAUCACCGCAAAAGUCUUGUCUUGAGAGGGUAAAAGAAGAAAGAAGCAUGUUAAGCUGGUAAAAUAUGAAGAGCCACUGGGUGACAUAAGCUAGUCCUUUCUCAAGGAAGCAAUAAAAUAUUCUCUUGAUUUUAAGGAUGGAGAAAAGAACCUUAUCUAUGGAUCCAUUACUAUUUUGAAGCAUUUAAAACUUGUGGAAAUAAUCAUGUAUAAAAUCCCCUGGGUAGUUCUUAAAGAAUUUAGGGAUUAAAAGACCCACAACAUUAUUUUCUAACAGCAUUUCAGUUCCCUUUGUUUCAUUUGUAAAUGGAUUAAAGUAACAGCUUGAUCAAAAAUUGAGAAUUUGUGCAAGGAAGGCUUGAAGCUUUAGCAGAAAGAAUUUGAGGUCCAUAAAUACGUAACAAAAUAUAAGCAAUAUUGCUGGUUACCCAAGCUCAUGAGAAGAAAUUAACCAUCUGAAAACAACUAUUUAUGGAUGUCAUGAGGGCAGUCUGAUAAAUGUUCAGUAAUACUAAUAGGCCCCUUGGUGUCUAAAACAGCUCAUAAGUCCAGGCUGUAGUUAUAAACACAUGAAUGUUAAGCCUAUCAACUGGUGUGGUCUUAAAAAUGCUGUACCAUACAAACCAUAUACUAGUGUUGAUUUAAAAUAUGCGCACACUUUUUUUGGUCAGGUUUUAGUCUCAAUGGCAGCUGCUUUGACUACACUAGGUAAGGUAGGUAUGGAGAUGGCUCAUCCCAGGAUCCAGUUCCCUGUUCUUUCUGUUCUCUUCCAAUUUCUCUCUCUGCCCUUCCUUUCUUCCACUAUAUUGUUUGCUUCUCUUUCUUAGCUCCCAUUGCUGGUGUGAUCUCUAAUCUUUAUUCCCAUAAAACUUCUUUGCACUGUCCAUCUCUUGCUUCUGUUUUCAUUCUAAUUAACAAAUUCUUAACCAGGCUGUUUUGCUUGAUAAUAAUUGGAACCAGACCACUCCUAUUAAGGCAAUGUUUUGCAUUAAACAUUUGUAAAUAUUUCUCCACUCUUUCUAUACGAAAAGAAGUUCUCUUCGUGACCACUGGACCAAUAAUAUAACAUUUUUAAAACAGAUAGUUGCACAUAAGCUAAAACAAACACAGAUACAAAUUAUGCUGCCUAGGUAUUCCAAACAAGGAAAAAAACCCAAAUGUUUCUCAAAAUUAAAUUUAACAUUUACCUGCAUGCAGGUACCAGGCUUUUGUUAGAAAGUUUUUUUUAACAUUGGCUUGUGCAAAAAUGUCUGUUUGGUAGAUAGGUUGAGUUUGUAUAGUGUUUUAUAGUCUUUUUGUUGUUUUGUAUAAAGUGUAUUGAGUUGUUAUUUGCAUAAUUAAAUGAAUCAUCUGUCUAGGUAGUCAACUUUUGGUUUCUGGUUAAUGGAAUUAUUUUAGACAUAAAACAGGAAUAAUUUGAGCAAAGAUGAUGCUUUUUAAAUCUGUCAAAUGUUCUUUAAUUGAUUUAAUGCUUUAGUAUUUAUACAGGAUUAUGCAAACUAUUUUCAAGGAAUUUAUAUAGAAAGAUGUGCAAAAAAAUGCAUUGUUUAAAUUGAUUAAUUGUUGUAGCAGGUAGAUGUUUUCAUUGCAUAGCAAAUUUCAGCAGAUCUAGGACUUUUAAAUACAUGUGUAUAGAUGAGUGUUUUUUUGGCUGAGAUUAUAAACUAUUUCUCCUUUGGAUGUUUCUGGAUCCUGAAGUUGUUUAAAUGUGUAUCUAUAUAUGAGAAUAAGUGCAAACUCCUAACAAGUAAGACUUUAAAAUGCUUCAUUAACAUAUAAUGAACGGAUAUAGCUACUUUUGUAAUAAAUGUUAUCAACUUCCUAAUCAUAAAUGAGCAUAACAUGUAACAACUGAAAAUCUUAGUCUAUUACAUUCUUAUUUUAAAAACAUGGUUCUGCUUUGAAAAAUAAGUCUAUAUAUAAAAAUAUCACUUUCCUAAACAGCAAGCUUGUCUGAACUUCUCAGUAUUCUGUCUUCUUACUUUAAAAGCCUGUUUCCAGCUUCUUGCACAUUCUAGUAAUGAACAUUUUAGAAUUUGAGCUGGGGGGGGAGAGAGAAUACAGUCAAACAUCAAGAAUAUUUAAGUCUGUUCCUCUGAAAUUCAUAUUAAUAAGAAUAUGAGUUUAAAAUUUAGAUCACAAAUUGAAUUUGAAUCACUAACAGAACAAUGCUCAUGCCAAUUCAAACUGAAUGAUUCUGAUUUGAAAGCACUGGUUUAAAAAAAAAAAAAAAAAGCCACACAUAACCCUAUAGCACUGCUUACAGAAUCACUUUUUUUAGAAAAGAACCACACCAUAUAUGCCAUAUCAUGUUUAGAAUAUAUGAACAUAACUUGGCUGUUAUGCCAUCUAAAAAUAUGGGCGCUUUUUGCUGCUGUUACUUUCUAUAGACAAAAAUUAUAUGAGAAAAGAUCUUUGAAAGAAAAAGCCUUAUUCUGGUAAUAAGGACAUAAUUAACCCUUCAAAUGGCUUAACAAAAGUCUUUCUUUGGUAAAUGGGUGCUUACUGGUAUCUCUAGUGUGUUUCUGAACUAUUAAUGGUGUUUGCCUUAAGCAACAAUGCCCUGCUAACCUUGGGAGUAUAGAACUGAAGGAGUUUUGGGGGAGGCUUGCGGUGUUUAUUUUUAUCUUUUUAUAGGGAACAAAAUGAAAGGUGGGGUCUUUAAAAACUCCUUUGCAAACUAGCUUUUUUUUUGCAUUCUACAAAGAUAUACUAGCCUUCAUUGCUAGUCUUCUGGGGAAAAAUAGAGAAAUUUAAACAAACAAACAAAGAAUAAAAAUCAAGCAUAGAUUUAUUUAGUACUGGAGUUAGUGUGAGAGGGAUACAUUUGUGUGUGCUGAACUGGAUGAAUGCGUCUGUAAACAACACUGAACGCAGUGAAGAACUUAGCAAAAAUGUAGUAAACUGCAAUAAUUUUUAAAUAAGUGAGGUCAAUAUGUUAAAUCUUUACAUGUGUUUAAAGAUGCAUUGUGCUUUCGAGAAACUGAGGGACUCAUGGAGGGGAGGGAGGAUGGUUUAUCAAACAAAAAUUACUGCAAGCUAAGCAACUCAGGCUCAUUUCUUCUUUUUUUUUUCAUUUUCAAAUUGAAAUUGUGAGCAUAAAUGUGCAGGUAUUAAAAUACAAAUACAAAGGAGUUAUUUGAUAAUCCUAUUGUUUUACGAUCUGAAGAGAAAUUUGUUAGGUUGGAAUUGUUUCCACUGGACUUGUGGCAUCUAGAACAGUGGGCCACGGCCUUGACUAAGAUCAUUGGGCACUUCUUUACUACAAACAAUAAGUACACCAUCAGGGAAAGGCUUUUUAUUCUAAAUAGUGCACCUUUAACCACUUAAUGAUCCCUUGUGGGGAAGAAAGGGAUAUACCUUCCUGUUUGCAUGUGAACUUUCCUGAAAUACAGGGUCUCGGCGUUACCAAAACCCUGACCAUAGAUAUACGUUAUAUUGAAAUUAUUGUUUUUUAAACAUUUCCCUGCAAGGGAAAGAAUGAGUGAAUUGCAUUAUGACUGUAGACCUUGAAUGAAUAUUAAAUAAACUCUAUGCAUAUCACA